AAGUUCCUUGUCUUUGACUAGAGACCAACGCGCGGAAGGGCAGACGAUAGCAGCACCCACUGCUGUUAUUAGCCUUCACAUCUCAAUGUACUGUUGUCAAAGAAAGCACUGAUCAUGCCCACUGCUUUUGCAGGGCAAAGAUAUUGAUCAGUGUUAGAAUACUCCAUUUUUUCUUAUGAGAUUAUUUUUCAUAGAUUUUUAUUUGUAGGUAGAUAUUUUUCCACCAUGGUGCUAGGAAAGGUAAAGAGCUUCACCGUAACCUACGACUGUCUCAAUGACAGCAAUGUCCCCGUUUUCGCAAGCGGGGACUCCGUCUCAGGUAGGGUUAUCAUCGAAGUCACCGGAGAAAUCCGUGUGAAAUCUCUUAAAAUUCAAGCAAAGGGAUUUGCAAAAGUUCGUUGGACUGAAUCCCGAAAUGCUGGAUCUAACACUGCCUAUACGCAAAAUUACACAGAAGAAGUGGAAUAUCUAAACCAUAGAGACAUCCUAAUUGGACAUGAAAGAGAUGAGGACAACUCAGAAGAAGGACUCACCACUAUCCAUUCAGGAAGACACGAGUAUGCAUUCAGCCUUGAGCUUCCACAGACACCUCUGGCUACCUCGUUGGAAGGGAAGCACGGCAGCGUGCGUUACUGGGUGAAGGCCGAGCUACACAGGCCAUGGUUUCUGCCCAUGAAGACCAAGAAAGAAUUCACAGUGUUUGAACACAUCGACAUAAACACUCCUUUACUCCUGUCACCCCAGGCAGGUACGAAAGACAAGACUUUAUGCUGCUGGUUCUGCACCUCAGGUCCAAUCUCCUUAAGUGCCAAAAUCGAAAGGAAGGGAUAUACCCCAGGAGAGUCGAUUCAGAUCUUUGCCGAGAUCGAGAAUUGUUCCUCUCGCAUGGUCGUGCCUAAGGCAGCCAUUUACCAAACACAGACCUUCAAAGCCAAAGGUAAACUGAAGGAGGUCAAACAGCUGGUGGCCAACCUCCGAGGGGAGUCACUGUCCUCGGGCAAGACGGAGACGUGGAGUGGCAAAAUGCUGAAGAUCCCCCCUGUCUCUCCCUCCAUCUUGAACUGCAGCAUCAUCCGAGUGGAGUAUUCUCUCAUGGUGUACGUAGACAUCCCCGGAGCUAUGAACCUGUCUCUGAACCUGCCACUGAUCAUCGGCACCAUCCCGCUGCACCCCGUCGGCAGCCGCACCUCCAGCGUCAGCAGCCAGUGCAGCAUGACCAUGAGCUGGCUAGGCAUGGCCCUGCCAGAGCGUCCUGAAGCCCCACCAAGCUAUGCCGAGAUCAUGACAGAGGAGCAGAGACGGAGCCUGGAGGUGACCUCAGCCAGGGAUGAGUUGGAGGGAUCACUCUUUGCCUACAUCCAGGAGUUCCGCUUCCAGCCCCCUCCUCUCUACUCUGAGGUUGAUCCCAAUCCUGAUCAAGCCAGCCGGACAGAGGAGCGGAGGUCUGACACCUGUCCAUCACGCUGAAGGAAACUCAGAGCCCAGCCCGGAGAUGUUUUGGGCGUUUCUAGUCAGCGCUGUUUUUGUUUUUUCCCCCCCAGCGACAGCGUUCGCACGCCACCGUCGAUGUUGAGAGAAAACAAAACAAAGAAACAAACAUGGAUGAUACCACGGUUGAACGAAGCCCCUCCCACAGAGAGAGGCACAGGAAGUCAGUACGGGAACACUUCCUGGCAGCCUGCAAGGCCGGGGCACGGCUAGACAAACACACACCUGAGCUGUGAAAAAAAAACCCCUGUAGUGGAGACAGCCUUGGUGGAGUGGUGAUGCCGUGCCAGGGCCCUGUCUGCCUAUAGCUCUUAAUAUCCUGCUUUCUUCUGUAACCACGGCAUACAGACAUGGCUCUCACACAGAGCAGAACUGUCAUGUCGAGAUCUGAGCAGAAAAAAAAGAACAAACAGGAAGAAGAGAAAACAAUAUAAGCACCACUGUCUGAAGAGCAGAGAGACUACCUUCUUCCUGUCUGAAGAGCAGAGAGACUACCCUCCUCCUGUCUGAAGAGCAGAGGGACUACCCUCCUCCUGUCUGAAGAGCAGAGAGACUACCCUCCUCCUGUCUGAAGAGCAGAGAGACUACCCUCCUCCUGUCUGAAGAGCAGAGAGACUACCCUCCUCCUGUCUGAAGAGCAGAGAGACUACCCUCCUCCUGUCUGAAGAGCAGAGAGACUACCUUCUUCCUGUCUGAAGAGCAGAGAGACUACCCUCCUCCUGUCUGAAGAGCAGAGAGACUACCCUCCUCCUGUCUGAAGAGCAGAGAGACUACCCUCCUCCUGUCUGAAGAGCAGAGAGACUACCCUCCUCCUGUCUGAAGAGCAGAGAGACUACCCUCCUCCUGUCUGAAGAGCAGAGAGACUACCCUCCUCCUGUCUGAAGAGCAGAGAGACUACCCUCCUCCUGUCUGAAGAGCUCAGCAGCAGAGAGACUACCUUCUUCCUGUCUGAAGUAGAGCAGAGAGACUACCUUCUUCCU